CUGGUAGCCAUUUUAAUCGUAUCAUAACGGUGAUCUUUUUCUUGGUUCGUUCCCUUCCGGUUAGCUCUGACGGGUGACUGUAUCUUACUUAGUUUUAGCUCUAAUUAAAUCUUUCUCCAUCUUCCAAAAUGAGGAUUUACAAAGAUAUCUUCACCGGUGACGAGAUGUUCUCGGACACCUACAAGAUGAAACUCGUUGACGAAGUCAUCUACGAAGUUUACGGCAAGCUUGUUAGUAGAAAAGCUGGUAAUAUCGAAAUUGCCGGCUUCAAUCCAUCUGCUGAAGAAGCUGACGAAGGCACAGACGAAGCAGUUGAGAGUGGCGUUGAUGUUGUCCUCAAUCAUCGUCUUCAAGAGACCUUUGCCUUUGGUGACAAAAAAUCCUAUACGCUCUACCUGAAGGAUUAUAUGAAAAAAUUGGUUGCCAAACUCGAAGAGACAAAACCCGAUCAAGUUGAACUUUUCAAGACCAAUAUGAACAAAGUAAUGAAAGACAUUUUGGGCAGAUUCAAAGAGUUGCAAUUCUUCACCGGUGAAUCCAUGGACAUCGACGGGCUUGUCGGUUUAAUGGAAUACCGUGAAAUCGACGGUCAAUCUGUACCAGUACUAAUGUUCUUUAAGCACGGCCUCGAAGAAGAAAAGUUCUAAAUAAUUCUUAGAUAUUCAACAAAUUGUGGAAAAAUUUUAUAUGUCGGAAUCAAGACUGCAAAUAACGUCGCUAUGCUGAGAUGGAAUUUAUUUACCGAGCGAAUAGUAACUUCCAAAAAUAAAAAUAAAAAAAAAAACAUAUGUAACACGUCGAUAAUUGGAAUCUGACAGAAAAGAGAGAAAAAAUCUGAUGGACAGUGGACUAGAACAAUCGUGGAAAAAAAGAACAAAAAUGUUAGACUGUGUAUAAAAUCUUGAUUCAUGAAACUAAAAAUCCUCAUACCGUCAUCAUGAACUUUGCUAUGUGGGUCACAUUGUUUUCAGCUUUCUUCUUUUUUGUUUUAUUUAUAUAUUUUAUACUCACCGACAUGACCUCCACGUGAUACUCGACAAAAAAAGAAAAGCAUUGUAUGUGGAAGAUGGGGAAAGAAAUAGCGAAAAGAAAGGGAACGUUAUCAAAACAUGUUUCCAUCAACGUUAACAUUGAAACAGUUAUGUCGGUGUUUGACAUUUUUUUCCGUGUGACCAACUCAAUAUAUCCGUAAUAAAUAAAACGAUGUUUUCAUAACUCCCAA